GUUAGCUUAAACAACUUAAAUACAUGAAUAUUUCCAUGCAACAUUUGACAAAUAAAGCUUCUCAGUUUAAACAUUAAGACCUUUGGUGCUGGUUUUACUCACUUUGUCUUCUUGAAUGAACAGAAAUGUCCUCUGACGAACCCAGUGGCGUGGUGGACAAGAAGACAGCCACAGAUGAUGCUUGGAACGUUCAGGAUGCUGUAACGCCUCAUUCUGUAAAGGACUCAUACGAGGACACCAAAAGCUCUGGCUCUAUGAAUAAGGAAGUGCUCCAUGCAGACGGAAUUACAUACCUAGCUUCACCGUCUGAGCCCCUUCCCACACAUGAGGAAGAACCAAAUGAAGAAGAGCAUGAUGAGGAUGAAGACGUGAGGGCUCCAGUGGUGCUGAUAACAAAGUUCCUCAGAGCUCUGCAGGACAGACACUAUCAUCACGCCACUCACCUGUGUCAGAUGAUUCUUGCGUAUGAACCGAACAACCCAGAGGCCUCCGAGUUUCUCCCACUGAUCCACAAGAAGAUUCUGGAAGAACAAGAGGAGCAGAACGAGAAUGAUGAUGAUGAUGAUAGUGAAGAGGAUGACGAUAAUGAUGAGGAUGAUGUUGAUACAGAGGAUGAUGAAGAUGAUACAGAGGAUGAUGAUGAAUCAGAAAGCGAUGACGAAUCAGACAGCGAUGAUGAAUCUUCUGAAUUCUUAAGUUGCUUGUCUUCAUCCAGCGCCUUUACUUCCUCUUCUUCACUCACAGAUGAUGAUGAUGAUGAUGAAGAAAAGGAAAAUCCAGCAGACUGUUGAAAGUGGUGUUACACACAUUAGAGCAGAAAU